AUGAAGGGCAAAACCUCCAGAAUUCCCCUGGUUCCCUGCCCACUAACGGGUGAGCUAAGGUCACCAACUGAGUUUGAAAACAACAUUGUGGUCGUCCUGGAAACUCCGCAGCCACCGCAAGGACUGAAUGAAGUGGGCAAGAAAGGAGCAGUUGCUGAGCUACCACAGAUUAGAAUCAUCUGUCACAACAGUAACUCAAAUAAAAGAAUUACUUUAUACGUAGCAGACUUUCCACCGUUACUCCUUAACGGAAACUUAAGUGGGGACUGGCGAGGUGCUUCGGCGGCAGCGUACUUGCCUGGCCUGGCUGAACCCCCGGGUCCAGCACCAUCACCACACGAAAAAGGGAAAAAUAAGAAGAUAUUGAACGGGAGACCCGUGCUUUUAUUUGCUCAAGGCGGCAACCCUAACAGAAGAGGCUUUUCCCCUUUGCUGAUUACGAACGCGCGCUUCCCGCGCGCCGGCUGUCACUCCCCAAACCGCGGCUGCGCGCGCUGGUCACUUCGCCGCUCCGGG